AUGACAGGACAGACUUUUCUCAAGUCAUCUUUCUAUGAUGGACCUGGCGGCUACAGUACUAUAGUAAUGGAGAGAGAUCCACUGAAGCACAGAGAAACAAAAAGGCUCAUGUCAUAUGGCUUCAGUUCUAAGGAGCUCCAAGCUCAAGAAAUUACACUGAAGACCAACUUGGAUAUUAUGGUUAAACAAAUCGAGCUCCGCGGCGGCUUCGAAAAACAGGGAAUCUCCUUAAACCAGAUUAUGCAAGCCUUUGUGUUCGAUACAAUCGGAGAACUCGCUUUAGGUGAACCGUUUGGAGCACUUGGAACAGGUAAAACACAUCCUUGGAUUGGAACAAUACACGGUGCAAUAUACUUUAUGAGUAUCAUUCAGGUUGCACCGCGUCUUCCGAUACUCUGGCUGGUUCUUCCGUUCGUUGUUCCAUGGAGCUCCAUUGGCCAAUUCAUUCGCUUUUUCAAGCACCAAACGACGAUGACACGGAAACGACUGUCUCGCUCAGCUGAUGAGCAUAGGAGAGAUCUCUUUAGUUUUCUGAUGAAAGAGAAACCUGAUAACUUUUCACAAGUAGCAUCCGAGUCCUGGCUUGGUAAUCAAGCAGGCGUCUUGAUCGCUGCAGGUUUUGAUACGACAGCGGUGACAGCAGUUGCCGUAUCUUACUAUCUUGCCAGAAGCCCCGAAAAAUUGAAACGGCUUCGUCGAGAAUUGCGCGAAAGGUUUGCUGAUACCAGCGAAAUGAGCAGCACUGCAGUUCAACAGUUGCCAUAUCUUACAGCAUGUAUCGAGGAAACGAUGAGAAUAAUGCCCCCUAUCACUUUCGGUUUGCCUCGAGAGAGCCCUGGUGCUGAAGUUGACGGUUGCUACGUUCCAAAAGGAGUUGUCGUGUCUACUAGUGGUUGGAGUAUCACACGCCGCCAUGAUUAUUUCUUUGAGCCUGAAACGUUCCAUCCAGAGAGAUGGUUACCUUCUUCUCACAAAUAUUAUGAUCGGUUAUUUUGUAACGACCUGAAAGAAGCAUCGCAACCAUUUUCACUGGGCCCACGCGUAUGCCUGGGGAUCAACCUAGCUUACAAUGAGCUGAGAUUGUUGCUUGCACGCCUCGCUUGGGAGCAUGAGUGGCAGCUUGUUGAUGAGAAUAACCUCGACUGGGAAAAGAACAGCAAGUUUCAAGCCUUAUGGGUCCUGCCUCAGGUACGAGUAAGAUACACUUUACGAGAUGGAUAA